AUGCUUUGCAAGGAAACGUAUCCAUUACCUACUAAUACAGAAGUGCUAGCAGCAUUAGCAAAUUGUAAGUGGUUUACAAAGCUGGAUUUAGAUCGAGCGUAUACACAGGUGAAGGUUGACCAAGAAUCAGCAAGGAUACUUACAUUAAACACACAUCGCGGACUUUUUGAAGUUACAAGAUUACCGUUUGGAAUUUCAACGGCACCAGGUAUAUUUCAACGGGUGAUGGAAGGAGUUCUUAAGAACGUAGAUGGUGUGGUUAUUUAUUUAGACGACAUUCUAAUUGGCGGAACAACUUUGGAAGAGUUGUGGGAUAGAACACGAACUGCUCUGAAAUGUGUACAGGAUGCAGGAUUGAAGCUUAAAAAAUCAAAAUGUGUUUUCGCAGUACAAGAGAUAACAUUUUUGCGGUUUAAGAUAAGCCGAGAAGGAGUGCGUCCAACUGACGAAAAGGUGAAGGCAAUAGCUCAAACACCAGAACCAAUAAAUAAACAACAGCUACAAGCUUUUCUUGGGUUAAUUACAUUUUAUGAUAGAUUUUUACAGAAUAAGGGCGAUCUAUUGGAACCGCUGUAUCAACUAUUAAGAAAAGAGAUACCUUUUAAAUGGGGUAGAGAACAGAAAUUAAGUUUUGAACGAGCAGAGAAACUACUACAAUCAAAAAAUCUGUUGGUGCAUUAUUCGGCUGACUUACCACUGAUAUUAUGCGGAGACGCAUCACCGUAUGGAGUUGGCGUGGUUUUGGCACACAAGAUGCCGGAUGAUAGUGAAGCACCGAUUGCUUUUGGCUCCAGAACAUUACAGGGCGCGGAACGAAAUUAUUCACAGUUGGAUAAAGAAGCGCUAGCGAUUAUGUUUGGUGUGCAAAAGUUUCAUCAAUUUUUAAGUGGUAGACAAUUUACAAUAAUGACUGAUCAUAAACCACUAGUGAGAUUAUUCAACCCAGAAAAACCAAUAUCACAGCAUAUAUCACCCAGAAUGUUAAGGUGGUCGUUAAAGUUAGGCGCUUACCAGUACGAGAUUAAAUUCCGAGAAGGGAAACAUCACCAGAAUGCAGAUGCAUUGAGCCGGUUACCUUUAAAUGAUGUAAAGCUAGAAAUACCGGAAAUACCUGAAAUAUUAUAUUGCAAUGAGGCUGAGAAACAGUUUUUAAUCACUGCAAAAGACAUUGCACAAGCAACCAGAAGAGAUCCAGUACUAUCAAAAGUAAUGUGGCAUAUCCAAAGGAAAGAUACAGUUUUGCCAUAUAAAUCAAUCCAGUUUAAACCGUUUGUAAACAAAAUCCAGGAACUAUCAGUGAAUGCACAAUGUUUGUUAUGGGGAGCCAGGGUAAUAAUACCUGCAAUACUACGUCCCAGAAUACUUGAGAUGUUGCACGAAGUUCAUCAAUGCAUGUCGGCAAUGAAAGCAGUUACGCGAAGCUAUUUUUGGUGGCCUGGUUUAGAUGAAGAUAUAGAAAUGUUAGCCAGACGUUGUGAAAAGUGUGCAUGUAACAAAAAGAAUCCUCCAGUAGCGACAGGUAAACCAUGGCCAGCAACGCUAAGGCCAUGGUCCCGGUUACAUAUUGAUUAUGCGGGACCCUUUAUGGGUACAAAUUUUUUUAUCGUCGUAGAUGCUCAUAGCAAGUGGGUAGAGGUAAAAAUAACCAGUACAAUAAAUGCGAUUAGAACAAUCGAGUUAAUGAGAGAAAUAUUUGCAACACACGGAAUACCAGAUACCAUUGUGUCCGAUAAUGGGCGAACGUUUAUGUCAGAAGAAUUUGAGAAAUAUUUAAAACUUAGCGGUAUAAAGCACAUACGUACGGCACCGUAUCAUCCAUCGUCAAACGGGCAAGCAGAAAGGAUUGUACAAACCAUUAAGAAUCACCUGAAGAAAAUGCAGUCUUCAGACAUCAAUAAGAAUUUGGCAAAUAUACUUUUGUAUCUGCGUACAACUCCUAAUGCAAAUUCAAAUUCGAGUCCAGCAGAAAUCUUGAUGGGAAGGAAGUUGAAAACAUUCUUAGAUCAUUUGCACCCCAGUGAUGACAACACUCAGAAGCAGCUAAAUUCUGAUGAGUAUUCCAAACAAAUAAAACCAGUUCGCAGUUUCCAGUGUGGUGAAAGUGUUUGA